AGUCGCGGCGCGCGAUCCGUUAGCGUCGUUUCCUCGUAUUCCGUCUCGAGUCCGUUCUGCGUCGACUUCACCGUACGAUUUCUCCGUUGAACUGCGUCGUAGCGAUGCGUCCGGGCUCCGUUUAGUUUCACAGUGUUCCAAUUCUCAACACUUCCACACAAGAUCGGUAACCAAACGAUCCGAGGGUAAGAGCACACCGAUCACAACCGAUCGCGUUCGCGACACGCGACAAGUCCGGGUUGACGAACCCUCCGAAGCAGCGGGACACACUGGAAGACCGUCGAACGUUCCCACGGAAAUGCACCGCAGUGUCGGAUCGGUCGGAUGAGAAAACUCGCGGCGCACGAUAUACGGUGGACAGUAUAGCGAACGACAGUACCGAACGGUGGGCGCACGGUGCCACGAACGUUACGAGAAAACCGAGGGCAGUGACGCGUCGGCACGUUACGCCUCUAGCGGAAAAAAGAUCGAUCUCGAGGAAAAGAUCCGCGGCGUGAUCGGCACGGUCCACGAACUGCACUCGUUGCAUCUUCUCUCUUUCUAUCUUUCUCUCUCUCUCCCCCUCUCUUCCUCUUUGUCUUUCUUCGAGCAAGGUGUACGAAGUUCGAAGAGAACACCGUGUCGCUUACUCCAACGUAAAGGCAUGUUCUAUGAAGUUGCCCGCGAUCCGAGCCGCAACGGACCAGGAAACACGAGUGCAUAGUAUCCCGGUGAUUCAUCGAUCGAGGCGUCGAUCGUUCGUCGCUCGUCGUCCAGUGGAGUUGUCGCGAGCAAAGGGAACGGAGCGCGAGGGAAUAGAGAGAGAUCUCGUGUUCGUGCCAGUGUGACAUAGACGUGUUUGAUCCAGUGGUGGUGCUGCUGCUGGGCUGGUUUUGAUUUAUUCGCCGGCGACAGAGGGAAACCGGAAGCCGCUAUAUUGGAGAAGAAGCGGGAAAGCGGCGUGCCGCUGUUCUGUGUACCGCGGCAGAGGCGAUCGUCGCAGCCGGAAAAUAAUGAAGAGAUGAUCGCGAGCCUGCCGAUACACAGUGGCGGCAGCGGAGGGCCGAGCAGCCGCGUGGGUCGUGGAUUGGCGCUUCACAGGUCGAAUUCCAGCUUGGAGCUGCCGCACAGCCCGGACCCCGCGUCGCGAGUGGCGGAAACGCCGUUGAGAAGGGAGUAUGGGUCCCACGGAAGCAUCGACGCGGUGGCCCAGUCCGUGACGGUCGGCGAGAACUUGUUCGCGAUGCUGCAGGAGCUGCGGCCGUCCCCGUCGGAUCAACGGAACUCGGUCAGCGUCGAUUAUCUGCGACGCGUCCCGGACGGACAGCCGAUCGACGCGGACGAGGUCUGCGGGCCGACCGGCGGCUCCAGUCCGAAGCUGCGGCUCAAGUUGAACAGAUUGUGGGGCGCGAAACCGCCGCGGGCGAUGGAGGACAGCUGCAGCACCAGCCCCGUCGUGUCGGCGGACGUCGAGGAGAGGCACAGGCGACGCGCGUUCGCGCACUACGACUGCCAGUCGCUCACCGCGAACCUCGGCUACGCGGCGAAGCUGAGGGGCAUCCUCUUGGCUAGGCGCAGGAACACCGCGACCGGCGCGUCGGCGGCCAGCUCCUUCAGGGCGUCCACCCCCGACGAGACACCGGAAGAGGACGCCGGCGACGGGAAAGGUAACGAUCUCUUGGAGUCGUGCCCGUUCUUCCGAAACGAGACUGGCGGCGAAGGGGAACGAGAAGUGAGUCUGACGCGUUGCACACAAGGCAACGGCGUUCACAGACCGCCUUUAUCCUACGGCAUCGCGGUCUUGGAGCCGGCGCCCGGCGAGACGCUAUGGAAGCACGCUUGCCCGCUGCAGAAGAGGCUGCUACCCAUCGAGAGCGUCGACGAAGGCGCACAUUAUUACAGACGAUACUUCCUCGGUCGAGAGCACCAGAACUGGUUCGGCAUGGACGAGCAGUUGGGUCCGGUGGCCAUCAGCGUGCGGAAGGACGCGGGCCAGUACAGGAUCAUCGUCCGCACCUCGGAACUCCUAACGCUGCGCGGCUCGGUGCCAGAGGAGGCUCUGGGUAUCAGGCCGCAGGGGAAUCGGCUGCCGACGAGGGAGCUUCUGGAGCUGGUCGCGCCGGAAGUGCAGCUCGCCUGCCUCAGGCUGGGCGCGCCCGCCGCGGAGGAGGCCCUCGCCAGGCUGGACGAGCAAGGACUCUCGAGCAGGUACAAGGUCGGCGUGCUGUACUGCAGAUCCGGCCAGAGGACCGAGGAGGAGAUGUACAACAACCAGCACGCCGGCCCGGCGUUCCUCGAGUUCCUCGACGCUAUCGGCCAGAGGAUACGGCUGCGCGGGUUCGAGGGGUACAAGGCUGGUUUGGACACGAGGACCGACUCCACGGGCACCCACGCCGUCGCCGCGACGCACCGGGGGGCGGAAGUGACCUUCCACGUGUCCACCAUGCUGCCUUUCACGCCGAACAACAGGCAGCAACUGCUUAGGAAGAGGCACAUCGGAAACGACAUCGUCACGAUAGUUUUCCAGGAGCCGGGCGCGUUGCCGUUCAGUCCGCGGAGGAUACGCUCGCAGUUUCAGCACGUGUUCAUCGUGAUCCGAGCCGUGAAUCCCUGUUCCGAUAACACCCAGUACAGCGUGGCUGUGUCGAGGAGCAAGGAGGUGCCGAUUUUCGGACCACCCGUGCCGCCCGGCGCCACUUUCGUCAAGGGGAAAGCAUUCGCCGAUUUCGUGCUGGCGAAAGUAAUCAACGCCGAGAACGCGGCGCACAGAUCGGAGAAAUUCGCCACGAUGGCGACGAGAACGAGGCAGGAGUACCUGAAGGACCUCGCCACGAAUUAUUCUUCCACGACGGUGGUCGAUACCGGGCAGAAGUUUUCCAUGCUGUCGUUCAGCAGCAAGAAGAAGGCACCCGUAAGGCCCAGACUAUCCUGCGACGCUUCGCAACGCGGCGCGAUAUGCUGGCAGGUGAUACUGGAGGACAGCAACCAGAACACCGACUGCUACUUAGGAAUCAGCGUGGACACGAUCGUCCUGAUCGAGGAAUACUCCAGACAAAUAGUGUUCGUCGCCCCGUGCGUCAGCGUGCUCGGCUGGCACGCGCAAACGAAUAGCCUGAGACUCUACUACCACCAGGGAGAGUGUAUCACGAUUCAUGUGCGCGGCGAUUACGGGGAAAGGGACGAGCUAAUGGAGAUAGUGGCUCGGCUGCGCGCCGUGACUCAAGGCGCGCCCGCCAUCGAGCUCUCCCUAAAGAGAAACAGCCUGGGCCAGUUGGGCUUCCACGUCCAGCCGGACGGAGUGGUGACGCAGGUCGAAAGCAUGGGACUAUCUUGGCAGGCGGGACUGAGGCAGGGCUCGAGGCUCGUCGAGAUCUGCAAGGUAGCCGUUUCCACGUUGAGUCACGACCAGAUGGUCGACUUGCUGAAGACCAGCGCGCAAGUGACGGUCACCGUGAUACCGGCGAAUAACGACGGCAAUCCAAGGAGAGGGUGUUCGCUGCAAAACUGCCAGUACUUGUCGACCAACUACGAAGGAGAUUACGAGAACGUCACCAGCCCCGACAACACGCCCGGCCAGCAGACAGCCAUGUCCGGCCAUCAGAGGCGAUACGAGCGUUCGUUCAGCCCGCCGAGAUCGAGCAACAGUUCCGGCUACGGGACCGGGUCCAGCUCCAGGUCGUUCAACGACCCGCGCUUCCCCAUGGAAGGAACGAUGACGAGCAGCAGCAGCGGCCACAGCAGCACCGACGAUCGCUGGUACGAGCUGCUGGAGCCGCAGGACCAGGAGAACGGGCACCGCGCGGACGGUACUCCGCCGCCGCCGCUGCCCGCCCGCCAGAAUUACCAAAUAGCGACGCCGAAGUCCGUUCAGAAACGAGCCAAAGAAUCCCACUACGCGAGCGGCAAGCAGUUCGAGAACACGAAGCACCACGGUCACGACGGUUACUCGAAGGACGGCAACUACGCGUCGUCGAGGGCGCUGCAGGAGAGUCUGCGGCACGAGAGCUACCAGAAGCAGCUGGACCACGCGCACCGCGGCCAGGACGUGCACCACGUCGCCUCGAGUUACGUGAAGCUGCAGAAGGAGAAGUACGAGGUGAAGCAGGAGAACGUGUACGCCUCGCAGCGGGAGCUUCACAAGAACGAGGCGAGCCACCAUCGCGGCCCUCACCAGAAGCUGAGCGCGUCGAACUCGCUGCCGCUGGCGCAGAACGCGGCGUACAGUCUGCCUAAGUCGAGCAGCAACAACAACCUCGGCAGGUACGGGGACUACGAGCAGCCGAGCAAGUACGAGUACGAGUACGACUCGAGUCCCAAGUACGACGCGCAGGAGGACAGGCCGCCGGUGAAAUACGAGGAGAUCUACGAGCGACGGAGCAGCAAGUACGACAUGGACGUCGCCAAGUACGACAUGAUCGAGUGCCAGCACGCCGCGGCGGAGCGGAAGCACGCGGACGGCGAGCAGAGCUGCGACUCGAUCAGGUACGACAUCCCGCACGAGUUCAAGGUGGGCGAGAAGGUGACCUGCCUGAAGACCACGAUCACGGAGCGGCCCGUGCCGCACAAGAUCAACGUCGAGUACCGGCAGACCAAGGAGUUCGCCGCCAGCCUGCCGCCAGAGGUCCGCAUCUCCGAGCCGAGCUGCCCGGAGCCGGCGACGCUGCAGAGCGAGGACGAGCUGUCCACCGGCUCCGGCAGCGUGUCGCCCAGGCUGCGGCGGGCGAACAAGCACCGAGCGGGGAACCUGACUCCCUCGAGCGGCAGCUCCAGAAACCAAAGUCCCAGGCCGAAGCCGGGCGUGCGGAACUCCCACCGGAACUCCGCGAACCUGACCUCCAGCACGCUGCAAGAGGACCUGAUGAAGCUGAUCAAUCCCGACUACAUAGCGGACGACGGUCAGCUGAACAACAACGUGAACGUGCUGCUCCACGGUAGCCAGGGCUCGAACCCCAAAGCGCUGAACAACAACACGCUCGAGUUCCAGAACAGGUGCAGGUCCCGGGAGAACCUGUGCGGCAACAGCACGACCGCGCUGACCGUUCUGCCGACGAACGAUCAGGAGAACGGGAACGGAAACGGGAAUGGGAACGCCAACGGGAAUGGGAACGGGAACGGGUCGGAAGUGAUCCUAACGAUGGCCAGACCGGCCACGGUGAUCUCGAACGCGAGCACCGCGUCCAGUCCCGCGCCGAGCGAGAACAAACUGUCGAAGGAAGAGAGAUUGUCGCCGCGCGUCACCAAACCGUCCCAUUCGAUGUCGAAAUCGCCGAGCAACGUGACGUCGCCGAAAGACGCGAAGAGUCACAUCGACGCGGACGUAGACUGUUGGAAAAACCACCACGUAGAUUCUCGAUCGAAGCAGCACCCCCAAGAAUGGGCCGACGAGAGACUCCUCGACAGAUGCGGUGCGAACGCAAACUCCGUGACGGACUUGCAGUCCCAUCUGUCUACCCUCGAACUGAGAGUAGCCAGAGAGACGCGACGGAGACUCUCCCUGGAAGACGAAGUGCGUCGCUUGAGAGACGAGAACCGUCGUUUACAGGACGAGAGCCACGCAGCCGCGCAACAGCUCCGACGCGUCACCGAGUGGUUCUUUCAGACGAUAGAUCAUCAGUGACCCACCAGCGCGGCGUCCGCUCGGCCGGUCCCUCGAUUCCACGAUCAUCCGCGCGAGAUCGCUCGGAUGCCUGACAGACGGCUCCCUCCUCUUUGACCCUUCGCGCUCCAGAAGUUCACCGGAAAUAUUCGAUAUCCUCUAACGAGAUACAGACAGUUUCUCGGGUGAAUUGAGAAAUCUCACGCGCGUCGAGAACUAUUUUCCUUCGAUAUUUCGUACAUCGAUGCGUUAUACGAAGUUUAAUGUUAAAUAUCAGAGUUUAUGGUUUCGCUGCGUCGAAUCGUUUGGUGACUCGGAGCCUCUGGAGCGCAGAGUUCAUUCUUUCGUCUCUCUCUCUCUUCGUCGACUCUUCUCUAUCCUUUAUCCGUCGGUGUCGCGCCGUCGACCUCGUCUUACUCCUCGAUCGUCUCCGUUGCAUGAUCGCCUUCUGAUAAGAGCAGUAUUAGCGUCGCGCGUGCCCCGCUCCGAGAGCGUACCGUUCGCGUAGAGAUUAAGCCGCGAAUCAAAGGUAAUUUAAACGUAAACUGCGAACGCGUCUCGCGAGCCCGCCGAUAGGAUGUACGCGACCGUUUCCACGAUGCCGGGGGACCGAUUCCCGUCAGGCUCUGUACCAUAGAAGUACGUUUCUAUUAACGCUAGGUCUACGGACGUUUAUUGUCCGGUUUAUAUCGUUCCUGGAGAAAUUGAUGUUCGACCGUUUAGAUCUUGGAAAUUAGGAUUUAUCGCGUUAAGCCAGUCGCUGGUGACUGACGCUUCUGAAUGACUAAAAAUCGUAACGUACAAGACAACCGAUGUGAAAUAAAAAUGUUUAACACGUUAAACGCCACGCCACGAACGGUUGAUAAAGCAACCAAGUUGACAACAGUGUAACGCAAACGUUGCAAACGAUUCAUAAUUAUUCCUAUCUUCGCUACAAAAGAAAUUCUAUGGGAGAACGCUUGACACGUUAAACGCCAUGUCAGUCACCGAUGGCCGACGCUUCUGAAUUACUUUAAAAUCGUAGCAUGCAAUACAAUCGACGUCGAAUCAAAAUACUUAACAACGUAACUAAGCUGAUAGUGUAUUGCAAAGAUUGCAACGCCAAGUGAAUAAUUGUUACUUUUUUGCUAAGAACAACCGUCAAAAACGGUGAUUCUCGUGACGCUUAACGUAUUAAACGUAUUCUCGUAACUGCAUCGACGAAAACCGACAUAGACGUUCGCCAAAUGUUUAUAAAAUUCAGUGUGCGUCGAAUCGACGCACUCCGUGAACCUAGCGUCAAUAAGCGUACAGUGGAAGUUACCACCGCCUUGCCGUGCUCCGUUCAAGCAUCGACGAGUAUUUUUUCCCAGGAAGGUACCCGAGAUACCUGUUGUUGUUCUUGUUGUUGUUGUUGUUGUUGUUGUAUAUUCGAUGAACGCCGACGCGUGAUCGUUAUCCACCGGACGGAACCAGCUUUCCGCCAAGGAAUGCACGUUAAAUGCGAGAUAUAUAUAUACACACACACAUCCAUAUAUAUGUAUAUAUCUAUCUAUAUAUAUAUAUAUAUAUCUAUACCUGUACGUAUAUGACGUCUACACUUCGAAACGACCAAAUAUUAUUAUACUAGUUGCGUAAGAGUCACCACU